AUGCCCGGCUGGCCCUGGGAGUUGCUGCUGACCGCGGGCACGCUCUCGACCGCGCUGAGCCUGGGGCCGCCAGCGCCCGCCGACCCCUGCCAUGAUGAGAGGGGCGCGCCCCGUGGCUGCGUGCCCGGCCUGGUGAACGCCGCUUUGGGCCGCGAGGUCCUGGCGUCCAGCACGUGUGGGCGGCCGGCCACUCGGGCCUGCGAUGCCUCGGACCCAAGGCGGGCACACCCCGCCACCCUCCUGACCUCCGCAGGGAGCACCACAAGCCCUGUGUGCUGGCGUUCGGACUCACUGACGCAGGCGCCCUUCAACGUGACCCUCACAGUGCCCCUGGGCAAGGCUUUCGAGCUGGUGUUCGUGAGCCUGCGCUUCUGCUCUGCGCCCCCCGCCUCAGUGGCCCUGCUCAAGUCACAGGACCACGGCCGCAGCUGGGCUCCGCUGGGCUUCUUCUCCUCCCGCUGUGGCCUGGACUAUGGCCGCCUGCCUGCCCCUGCGGAUGGCCCACCAGGCCCAGGGCCCGAAGCUCUGUGCUUCCCUGAGCCCCAGGCCCAGCCUGAUGGUGGCGGCCUUCUGGCCUUCAGCGUCCAGGACGGAAGCCCACCAGGUCUGGAUCUGGACAGCAGCCCGGUGCUCCAAGACUGGGUAACUGCCACGGACAUUCGAAUAGUGCUCACAAGGCCUGCCAUGCUUGGGGACACCAGGGACUCCGUGGCCAUGGUUCCUUACUCUUACUCCGCGACUGAGCUCCAGGUGGGCGGGCGCUGCAAGUGCAAUGGGCAUGCCUCACGGUGCCUGCUGGACACCCAGGGCCACCUACUCUGCGACUGCCAGCAUGGCACCGAGGGCCCUGACUGCGGCCGCUGCAAGCCCUUCUACUGCGACAGGCCGUGGCAGCGGGCCACGGCCCGGGAAGCCCACGCCUGCCUUGCUUGCUCCUGCAAUGGCCACGCGCGCCGCUGCCGAUUCAACAUGGAGCUGUACCGACUGUCCGGCCGCCGCAGUGGCGGGGUCUGCCUCAACUGCCGGCACAACACCGCAGGCCGCCACUGCCACUACUGCCGGGAGGGCUUCUAUCGAGACCCUGGCCGUGCCCUGAGUGACCGCCGUGCUUGCAGGGCAUGUGACUGUCACCCUGUUGGUGCUGCUGGCAAAACCUGUAACCAGACCACAGGCCAGUGUCCCUGCAAGGAUGGUGUCACAGGCCUCACCUGCAAUCGCUGUGCCCCCGGCUUCCAGCAGAGCCGCUCUCCGGUGGCGCCCUGCGUUAAGACACCUGUCCCUGGACCCACUGAGGAGAGCGGCCCGGUGGAACCCCAGGACUGCAACAUGCACUGCAAACCAGCCCGCGGCAGCUACCGCAUCAGCUUGAAGAAGUUCUGCAGGAAAGACUACGUGGGAAGCUGCCAGUGGAUCUUGGGGCUGUGGGUGACUGAUCAGAUUGUGUUCCCCGUGGAUGACUGGGCGUUGGUGGCCCUGGUGGUUGGCCACGGGCUGCACAGCGUUGGAAGCUGGCCACCUAGCGAGACAUAG